AUGAACCUGCUUCGGCUCGUGUGUAGGCACCGCACAGCGUUGGUACUAGCUGGCCUGGCGCUAUCAGCCACCGCACUGCUCUGGCUGGCCAGGUGCGCGCCCGAGGGCGCGGGGGGCGGGCGCGCGGUGGCAGUGGCAGCAGACGCGCAUGCGCCAGUCGAAGCGGGCGAGCUCGCAGAGCGCGCAUUCUUGGCAGUGCUGGUGGUGAGCGCGCCCGCGGGUACGGAGCGGCGGCGCGCCGUACGCAGCACGUGGCUAGCGGAUGCUGGGCAACCGGGGCCACUGGCCGACGUAUGGGCGCGCUUCGUGGUAGGAACGGCCGGGCUGGCAGCCCCUGAGCGACGCGCGCUGGAGAGGGAGCAGGCGCUGCACGGCGACCUGCUGCUGCUGCCCGUGCGCGAUGCCUACGAGAAUCUCACGGCCAAGGUGCUGGCUAUGUUCGCGUGGCUCGACGAACACGUGGCCUUCGACUUCGUGCUCAAAGCUGAUGACGACACGUUCGCACGCCUGGGCGCCCUGCGUGACGAGCUGCGCGCGCGAGGGCCCGAGCAGCGCCGCCGCCUCUACUGGGGCUUCUUUUCGGGGCGCGGGCGUGUGCAAGCUGGCGGGCGCUGGCGCGAAGCCGCCUGGCUGCUCUGCGACCACUACCUGCCCUAUGCGCUGGGCGGCGGCUACGUGCUCUCGGCAGAUCUGGUGCGCUUUGUGAGCCGCAGCCGCGACGUGUUGCAGCACUGGCGCAGUGAGGAUGUGUCCCUGGGCGCCUGGCUGGCGCCUGUCGAUGUGCACCGUGAACACGACCCGCGCUUCGACACGGAGUAUCGCUCGCGUGGCUGCAGUAACCAAUACCUUGUGACGCACAAGCAGAGCCCCGACGACAUGCGUGCCAAGCAGCGCAGCCUGGCUCAGCAUGGCCACCUGUGCCCACAGGAGGUGCGCCUACGCCUUUCUUACGUCUACGACUGGGAUGUGCCGCCUUCUCAAUGCUGUCGCCGCCGGGAAGGCAUUCCCUGAGCAGCAGCAGCCAGACAGUGGCGCCAGGCUGGGCCUCAGCCUGUGCCCGGGGCGGUGUCAGCGAUUGUGCAGGAGGCCAAGACAGCUUCUUGUCCUUCCCGUCCAACUGGGAGCAGCGGACGGUGCUGACUGGCUUGGACACGGCAGAGAAGACUGUGCUUGGAGCAGUCAUCUCAACUGCACGGGGCAGGACACAGGCUGGCCCCUGAUGGAGGUCCCCAGGCUGCGCCCAGUGCGAUGGCCACGACUGUGGAUGGGGGUAGGACAAGGCUGGGAUAGCUACUUGUCCAACGGAGCGGCCCGAGGCUGUGUCCAGUGCAGUGAACCAGUCUGUGCGGGGCAGGACACGGGGCCAGGGCAGCUACACCUGGCCGGCUGGGACCGGGCAGAGAAGACUAUUUGGGGCAGUGAUCGCCAUUGUCCUGGGGGCUGGACCUGGGCUGGGCCACUGGAAGAAUGCCGGGGAAGCUGCUCCCUAAUUGCGAUCCUGGUGCCUUCCUCAUGUCUAACCUAUUAUUCCAGUUCCCAUUCCUCCAAACCCUGCGUUUGGGGCCGCUAACACCCAGCAGUGGCCUACAGACUGCCACUGAUGCUGCUCUAGACAUUUGGACAGGAAGAAAUUUUUCUGUCCCCUCGAUUUAUUUAUUGAAAGUUGCACAUGGUGGUCACAUGACCUUCACCCCAACCCAUCCCCCAAUUCUGAGCCAGGCCAGCCUCCCCAGCCCUGUUACCUAGGGCCAGAGACAAACUUCAAAAUACUAGUAACUAAAAUUGACCCAUGUUUUAGUCACUUAUGCCAAAGGAAUCAAAAGUGUAUAUACUCUGGGGUGGGACUGGAUAAAUUUUCCUCAACUCAUUUUAAACAAUACUCAUCCUUGGAGGGAAAACUAUUUUAAUGGCUGGAAAGGAAAUCACUUUUUGACCCCUUUUACACUACGCAGUAAAAAGAGAUUCUAGCAAAAGCCAUUGUAAUUUCAUUUAAUGUAGCCUUCUUCGUCUGGCAUUUAGCAAUAUUUGGUGUCGCAGGUAAAACUUUUCUUUCGGAGUGGCUGUAUUUAAUGGUCGGCUGGCCGUAUGUCUCUAGGGGAAGGCAGUACUGUAAAUCCAGUUCAGUGCUUAACUGUGAUAUAUUUAUAAAUACUGUAAAUAUGUAUAGUGAGGAGCUUGUGCUGAAUGUGAGGUUCUGAGCAUUUGAAUAUUAUUUAAUGAAAAGUCUUUAAUUCUUCUUCUGUCUUACCAAAACUUCACAUUCGUGAAUGUGCAGUUUGUUUUUAGAUUCUGAGUUUUAUAAUCCCAAAUUGCUUCAUGUCCAUUUAAAUUGGCAAGAAUGUAGAAACCAUCCAUUAAUCUUAACAGUUUACAUAUAUCGUCUUUUUGUAGAGACUCUCCUUUUAAGGAUCUCUUCACAGAGUGAAUAGCCACAACCUCCUCUAACCAGGCAGUGAGAAGGAUUUCUCUCUCUUCCACAUUCUUUUAUUCUUGUAGCUUGUCAGCAGACAUGCAGACAAGAAACUGAAUUCUUUUUUUUUUAACCCUUACAUUCUAUGCUAGUAACAACUCUUAAGACAGAAGAGUAAGAGCUAGGCAAAUGGGAUUGAGCGAUUUGCCCAGCAUCACACAACUUGGAGGUGUCUGAGGCCACAUUUGAACCCAGAACCUCCAUACUUCAUGCCUAGCAUUCUAUCCAUUACACCACCUGGCAAUCUAGAAUUCUUUAAAAUAGGUCCAAGGUUUUCCAAAUGCUCAAAAGAAGUAUUUCCUGUUGUGAUAUUACCUUUAAACAACAAAGAAAAUGGUUCCUAGGAAAAGGCCUUACCCAAUGGUAUCAGAUGCUUUUAAUUCCUCUUUUUUCACUGGCAAAUGUGGAAAAGUGAAAUCUUGUCCUUGAGAUUAAAAUAAAUGAACCUCCAUUUUAUCAACUGAA